AUGACGCAUGGCGUGCUUCUUGAAUUGUUUGAAUGUUCGUUCAUUCAAUUCAAACAACAGGUACUUGUUGCUGCUUCCAUAGGGUAUAACGACACCUUGUCAUAUGAUGACGCCGCCUUGUGGGAUGUAUUAUCCAAGUCUGUGCGCACUCUAUUGAUACCCUUCUUCUUUAACCUGGAUUUCACAUAA